AAGGCUCGCUUGACGCGCUCCGGUCCAGAUGGUUGUGGGCUUGAUGUGGAGGAAUAAGAAAUCUAGCUAACGUUUCACAGCUGCUGCCAGCGAGUGUGACGGCCGGAAAAGACGCGCGGUCCCCGGCUUGGAAGAUAACAGAACAGCCGGGACACUUUAAGGAGGGGAGAAACUUUACACUAACCGUUUUUUGGAGGUGGUGGGGGACGUUAUCCGACGGCAAUGCCCUCGUCUAAAUAGCUGUCGUGGAGGUCGAGGAUGGCCGCAGACGUGGAUAAAAAACCCACCGAGGAUGGGAGCAGAAUUACGCCGCAGAGUGAGCACCGGAGCCCGGGCUCUGGAUCCUGGAUCUCCAAGGCGCUGUGGACUCUACUUGUAGUCGGUGCCGUGCCUCUUCUCGCCUUUGGGAUCAAGUAUUACCAAGAUGCCCAGCUCCUGAAACGUCAUGAGGAGAGUAUCCGGACUCUGGGUGCCGAGGGGCUUUUUCUCUUCUCCUCCUUGGACACUGACCACGACCUUUAUCUCAGUCCGGAGGAGUUUAAACCCAUUGCAGAGAAACUCACAGGAAUUACACCCCCGGUGGACUUUGAGGAGGAAGUGACCCAUGAUCCCAAUGGAGAGACUUUAAUCUUGGAGGCCAAAAUGCAGCCGCUGCUGCUGGACUCCAUGACAAAGAGCAAGGAUGGUUUCCUUGGGGUGUCUCACAGCUCUCUGAAUGGUCUGCGCUCCUGGAAGAGCCCAGCAGUGCCUUCGUCUUCCUUCUCCGCCAGCCAGUUCAGGGCGUUCCUGCCCCCAAAGAACAAGGUCGACGUGGGAGACACGUGGUGGGUGAUUCCCAGCGAGCUCAACAUCUUCACCGGGUACCUGCCCAACAAUCGGUACCACCCGCCGUCGCCGAAGGGCAACAAAGAGGUUCUCAUCCACUCCUUGUUGAAUAUGUUCCACCCUCGGCCCUUCAUCAAAUCACGUUUUGCUCCUCAGGGCACAGUCGCCUGCAUUCGUGCCAGCAACGACUUUUAUUAUGACAUCGUCUUCAGGAUUCACGCAGAAUUCCAGCUCAACGAUGUUCCAGACUUUCCCUUCUGGUUCACCCCGGGCCAGUUCACUGGCAACAUCAUUCUGUCUAAAGAUGCGUCUCACGUCCGACAUUUCCAACUCUACGUCCCCAAUGACAGGUCUCUGAAUGUGGACAUGGAGUGGCUGUAUGGGGCCAGUGAGAGCAGCAACAUGGAGGUGGACAUCGGAUACCUGCCACAGUUAGAGCUGCAGUCCACAGGCCCAUCCACUCCCUCCGUCAUCAUGGAUGAGGAGGGCAAUAUCAUCGACAGCCGAGACGCCAGCCGCGAGCCGAUCCAGUUCGUCUUUGAGGACAUCCACUGGACCUCAGAGCUCAGUCGGCAAGAAGCCACUCGCCGGCUGGAUGUCACUUUCUACCCCUUCAAGAGGGUGUCCUACCUGCCUUUUUCAGAGGCCUUUGAACGAGCUGAAGCAGAAAAUAAACUGGUGCAUUCCAUUCUGCUUUGGGGAGCAUUAGACGACCAGUCCUGCUGAGGUUCGGGGCGAACUCUCCGGGAGACCGUCCUGGAAAGUUCGCCCGUGCUGGCCCUGCUCAACCAGAGCUUCAUAAGCAGCUGGUCUCUGGUCAAAGAGCUGGAGAACAUGCAGGCUGAUGAGCAGAACCGCAAGUUGAGCGAAAAGGCUCGAUUACACCUGGAGAGUUACAACUUCCCUGUGGAGAUGAUGGUGGCCCUGCCUAAUGGAACUAUUGUCCACCACAUCAAUGCCAACUACUUCCUGGACCAGACGUCCAUGAAACCAGAGGAGGAAGGAGCAACUUUCAGCUUCUCCGGUGGGUUUGAGGACCCUUCCACAUCCACUUAUAUCAGCUUCCUGAAGGAAGGCUUGGAGAAAGCCAAGGAGUAUCUGGCACAGUAAUAUGUGUGUGGAGGAAACGAUAGUCAUUCCUCUGGAAUUAAAGAUAAGCAAACCCCUCCAACGAUUAAGUAGAGAAGCUUUCUCAUCGGUGUUGGCAGCUGAAAACUUUCUUGCCUUCUAUCCUCUUUCCUACUAUUUAUUUCGGUGUCUGUCUUGGUCAGAAAAUUUUCUAUACGGUAUUUGUAUUUUGACAAACAGUCCACAGAAAUGUACUACAGGGAAAUAUUGCUUCUUUUAAUGAGAUACAAAUGCUUUGCACACUGAGCAGCAGCAGGUACGUAAACACAUCUAGAGCUGCUCUCUCUGCUUUUAGCUGCUGAUUAACGUUGACAGAUCAAAGCAUAAAUGCACCAUACUGCACCGAAACAUGCUAUAUCUCUCUCUUUUUUUAAAAAUAACCUGGUGUUGCAUGUGCAAUAUUUGACUGAGAGUUUUUGUGCUGCCGAGCGUACCCAGAGACGGAGUCGGUGCAGUUGUUGCCUUUUUAGUGUCUCAGCCGUUUGUGAAGACUUUGCCUGAAAGCCCUCUAUGGGUUGGGCGACGCCUGAUGUUAUUGCUGAGGCUGCUGGAGGGAACACCCUUCUCUGACUCAUGGGGACGACAGCAGCAGGAAACUCUUUAAACUGGACUGUGGCACAUAAAAAAAUACAUUUUAGUUUUUCUGUAUUAUGAGUUUGAAACCAAAUGUUGAAUAUUUUGCAGAUUUGUGACCACACCAAAGAACAUUUGUUUUUAAUAUGUACGGUGGUCGCAUGCAGCUAGAACAGCUGCUGAGCCAAAAAAAAAAAAAACCUGAUAGGUCGGUCGCCACUUGGUUCAUAUUCAUGCAUUAUGUGUUAUUAUGUGGCCAUGUGGUCAUAUGUUUGCAAAUAUGUUUGAUUCCUGAGAAGCACAUGAUACCGUGUACUGUUGUUAUCCUCUUUUAGGCUCCAGUCAGAGUAAUGUGUUAGUUAGACAAGAGGAAAUCUUUGAGGUUUUAAGAAACAAAAGUGACAAUCUGGACCUACUAUUGGAUAUUUCUUGCACAAUAUGUCUCUUUUUCUUUUCUUUUUACCUUUUCCUGUCAUAUAAGAAGUUUCAUCUUCCAGUUUGUUUUUACUGUGAAAUGCAAAAACACAGGGGUCAAGAAUAGUGAUUUUUUUAAAAGUAACGGUAAAAUUUGAGAUUACAACGACUGAAUGCAACCCUGGAAA